UUCCUAAGAUGGCCGUCAAGCUGUCACAUUAUUGCGGUCGUUGACAGUGCAGUCUGGUCUUAACAGUUACACUCCUAACGUUGAAGUUAUUUAUAUUUCAUUAGCAUUAUAAUUUAGUGGAAAAUGUCGUACAAAAACGGUCAGCGUGUUGAAGUUAUUGGCAAGGAUUGUCAAGGUGUGAUUGCAUACAUCGGUCAUCCUUCGUUCGCUACUGGAAAAUGGAUUGGAGUUAUCCUCGAUGAACCGAAAGGCAAAAAUAAUGGCACGGUCAAAGGACAAUCCUAUUUUCAAUGCAGGGAGAAUCAUGGGAUGUUUGUUCGGCAAACGCAGCUGAUUCUGCUUGAUGAGUCUGGUAAUAGAGCGGAACCGGCAAGUCCCUCUUCAGCCGGUAGUGCGCCAACAACUCCUGAUGAUAGCGGGGCUGCUAGAGCAAGAAGUCGUCUGAACAGCAUCAGCAUGCGUCGACGGAAUGAACCAACUGCUGUUAGGAGAAAAACAUCUCCGGCACAAUCGGCACGCCAGCGACCGGACAAGCUGACAGGUUCACGUCUAUCUCUGGGAGGAAGCAAAACACAGCUCAGCGCUCCAAGCACCGAAAGUCUCACCGGGUCACAACAUGAGCGCAAAGAGGUCGGGGAAUCACAUAUACCAGCGCCAACAUCUACAAAGCGCGCAUCUUUCAUAGAGAAGUCCCCUAGCACGAGCUCGCCUCCGGGCAAAAAGCCAAAGGCCCAAGAUGAUCAGAAUAAUACAGGUUUCGUUGAGACGUUAAAGCCACAAUUUGUGCCAGGACAGGCAAUCGCAAGCCAAUCAGUGACGGCGCUUGGCAGUGCUAUUGAAGAGAAAUUAUCACACAUGCAAAUGAUGCAAGAAAAUGAUAAUCUUAAAGCCCAGGUGCGCGAUCUUAAUGAAAAAUUGGAGACUCUACGAAUGAAACGACUCCAGGAGAAGGAAAAGAUGAAGGAUUAUGAAAAGACCAAGUUGCAGUUGGACCAGCUAAUUGAGUUCAAGACCAAAGUGAUGGAGAGUCAGGCUAGUCUGCAGAGACAACUUCAGUGGGCGCGGCAAGAAACUCGUGAUGCUCAAGCGGCGAGGGAUCAGCACCAAGAAGAGAUGGCAGACCUUGUAGAAACUGUAGAGAUGGCUACAUUAGAUAAAGAAAUGGCUGAAGAGAAAGCGGAGACCCUGCAAAUAGAAUUGGAUCAAGCGAAAGAAAAGCUUGAAGAGCUGACUUUGGAUUUGGAAAUUUUGCGUGCAGAGAUAUCUGAUAAGACUGGAGGUGGCGCUGCUGGAUCUGGGCCUUCCACUUACGAAAUAAAACAACUGGAACAGCAAAACAGUCGACUUAGGGAAACUCUAGUACGAAUGCGAGAUCUUUCAGCACAUGAAAAACAUGAAUUUCAAAAACUGCAAAAGGAUUUGGAUCAAAAGAAAUCGGAAAUUCUUGAAUUGGGGCGCACUAAAGAGAAACUGUCUUCACGCGUAGAAGAAAUGGAACACCAAAUUGCCGAUCUCCAGGAACAGGUUGAUGCAGCACUUGGUGCCGAAGAAAUGGUGGAGGUUCUGGGCGAGCGUAAAAUGGUACUUGAAGAGAAGGUUGCUGAGUUAGAAGAAGCAGUGGCUGACUUAGAAGCACUGCAGGAUAUGUCGGACCAGUUGGCUGAGUCUUCUAAGGAAUUGGAGCUAGAAUUACGUGAAGAAUUGGAUCUAGCAGUGGGAGCUACACGUGAUGCUCAACGUCACCGUGAUGCUGCAUUGGAAACACUCGCAGAUCGAGAAUUAACAAUUACAAAGUUUCGCGAUCUGACGCAGCAGCUACAGGAACAAUGUCUACAGUUACAGCAGCGAUUGCAGACCACUGAAUCCACUAAGUCAGGCACACGAGGAGCAGAACAACAACUUGCGGAAAUAUUAGAUUUCCAGAAGACGUUUGCAGAGACACGAGCACAAACUAAGGCUGUUGAUCUUGAACUGCGACGUCUGGAUGUCGAGGAGGCCAGAUCUCAUGUUCGGUAUUUGCUUGCGUUUAUGCCACCACAAUUUUUAGCUCGUGGCGGUGAUCAUGAUGCCAUCUUGACGCUUCUUCUUAUACCGAGAAUGACUCGAAAAACGGAAAUAUUAAUUUCCCAAGUACGAGACAAGUAUCAACCGAUUAACAAAAUUGACAGGGCAUCGGUCGUGAAAGGACAUUCAGUGGCACAGUACAGUUUCAGAUCACGUCUGUGUUCUCAUAUGUAUGCUCUUCAGGGCGCUCUUGGAAGUUUCGACUCUGCAUUGAACAUGUGCAGUUCUGAAACAUUGCUAAAAGUUGGCGUCGCAUAUCCCGAAAUGGCAGCCCAAGAAAAGUCUCUCGACUCACUUAUUGAACUAGCAAAACGUGACCAAUUAGAUGAAAAUUUACCUAUGGAUGCAAUAGAAAAAUGUAGUGGCUACUUUUCAACAAUGUUUUCAAUUUUAUUUGGAGAAGAUCUUAUGGCUAAUCAAGCUCGGCUUGUUACGGAUGGAACACGAACGUUAGCAAGUGCUUGUGAUGCUAUUGCAACUGAUGCAUCUGCUAUCAAAGCCCUUAUAGAUGGCGAAGGUGGUGAUAUAGGUCUGCUCUGUCAGCAUGCAGAAACAGUCUGUGAAGUGAUUCAGCAGCAUCUUAAGGCAGCCAAAAGACGAGUACCACGUGAUCAGUUAACUUCUGUUGUUUCGAAUGUCAAUUUAGGAUUGGACAAAGACUGGCCUGAACAAUUAUCCACGUGUAUUCAACAUUCUGUUAAAGUAAUGAAGACGCUCCAAGAUUUACUGAAGAACGCUCUACAAGCUGUCGUGACCAGUGGUGAUUUGGAUGCUGGAUUAACCACGGAAAAGUUGAAAGAUAUGGCGGCAAUGUCAAGUGAAAAAAUUUAUGAUACGGAAGAUUUAGGACCAGUUGCUACACUGAAGGCUAGCUUGACAGUAAUACAACAAAUGGCAGCCAAUCUCGCACAACGAAUGGCUGAAUGCGAGAACGAAUUGGCUAUGGCUAACCAGAUUCCCCAACAACUGGGAGCAGAAGGUGGUGACGUGUUGACACCUAUUUUGCACCGUGCCCAUGCCACUAAGAAAGAAUCUGAAGAAACUAAGAUUCUUAGCAGAAAGCUUGAGUCGAGAGAAGGUGAUCUUCGGGAAGCGAGGCUUGUACUCAGGGAAAAGCAAGAAGAGCUAUCUGAAAUGAUAUUGAGAAAGGAGUUGGCUGAGAAGCGAUUAGCGACUCAACAACAUGAAAAUGAAUUGAACAUGGAAAAAGUAAAAAGAAAGUUGGAAGAAGCACAAAACCAACUCAAGAGAAAGGAGAAGGAGUUUGAAGAGACCAUGGACCAUUUGCAAACAGAUAUUGACAGUUUAGAAAAUGAAAGGGGUCAGCUCAAAGAGAAGCUUAAAUCUUAUGGAAAAAAAUCAACAACUGCUACUGCCGCCAGUUCCGAAAGUGCUGCAAGUACUAUAGGCAUUUCAGGUGUAUCAGCUAGUGCACCACCGGAGAAUAAAUUCCUAUUGCAAGAAGUGAAUGCAUUGAGGGAAGCAUUGGCUACGGAGCACAGGCACAAGACCAAAUUAUUGGCAGACUCUCUGCAACAAAAACUGAAUGCUCUUCCACCUUUGCCUGUUGUAGCGAAACAAAAAUCUGUAGAUUCGAAGUUAGAAGAGUUGCAGCUGAAGAAGAAUAAUCUCCUCAAAGAAGUGCAACAUGCAAUGCUAUUCCCGGUUGUACCUGAUUUGACGCGUAAACGGGAUAUCAAUAGAGAAGGAACUAUUUUGGAGAAGGCAAAUCCUGCCUAUCAAUUGUUACAUCAGCAACUAGUAGUCAAGCAACUCGGACACCGCGCCGAACAACUAGCAAGUGAAGUACGGGAGGAGGCAGUGAAGAGGAGGCUAGGUGGUAGAGCGGAAGCAGAUUUUGCAGUAUUUCCAAGUCUCGAGAUGGCAGCAGCAAUGGCAGGCCAUGAUCAUCUGAUGGCAGCUAAAAUAAAGAUUCCCUACAAUGGUCCCUCGCAAAACCAAACUAUAAACUUAGGUGUUCCGGAACUAAGAAAAAUACACUCCCUUCUUUGCUAUUAGACAUGCUCGCUUACCAAUUGACUGUAUUUUUAGAUAGUAAAUAGCUAGUCUUUACAUGAUGUGACUGUAAAUGAGAGACCAGUGCACACAAAUGUAAUUUCAUUGUAAGUCAAAUUUUCGUCAGCGUUUAUGUCGUAAAACAAGUAGAUAAAUUUCAAUAUGAGAUUUACCUGAAAUCACACUGGAAUGAAACAAAAACGUAUAUGUCAUAGGCUCAUUUAUGUGUUGCUGAACGCGAGACUUGGGUCCGAGAGUCAUUUAUGCGGAUGACAGUUGAAACUGCUGCGUUACUCAUGCUUUUGUUCAGCAACGAAUAAAUGAUCCUGUAUGAUAUCUUUACUUCAAGAUUCGCAAGUGAUCAACAAUUCUACUGAGUUCAACAUGAAGUCUCUCCUGCUUGCAGGCUGCACAAACAUAAAAGCUUUAGCAACUAAUUAUUGAAUGCGGUUUCCGUUGUUGUUUAAGUUAAGUUUUUUUUUAACUGCUCUUUAGGCUAGUCAAAAAGAGGUUUCAUAUGAAGAUUUAUUUUUCGCUAUUAACGUAAUCUCUUCACUAUAUACUCGUCCACUAACAGAUUUAUGGAUGUAAAAGAAAGAUCAAACAAAAAAAUAACAAAAUAAACCUGUAGAAAUUUCUUAAAUGAAGUUGCCGGGGAGAGAAAAAGGGGCGGGGGGGGGGCAGUGAGCAAGACUGGCCAUGCUGAAGCUUGCUAUAUAUGACCCAGUCCCAGAUUCGAUAGUCAUGCCAAUCGUAUCGGUUCGUCAAAAACAGGAUUGGAAAACAGGUCAACAAACUUGGAAUUCAGAAACUGCUGUUACUUUGAUCUCCUUUGCUCGGUUGCUCGUGAGAGAAAGACUCAGUGUACAAUGGCAAAAUACUAGUCAUUUGCUCGUUGCAUGUGCAAAUCUCUUUAUCGCAGCCUUUCUCUCUGACACAGUUUUGCCCUCUAUCUCUCUUAUCAUAUUCAGUCCUUAUAGUCUAUUAGUCUCUAAUUCUAUUACGGAGGAAUAUCUUAAUUUUGGAACAUAAUUCAUGAACCUUGGAGCUUCUAUGUAUCAGAAGUAACAUUCAUAAUGAUGAUCUUAAUGCAAAAAAUGAUGUAAGAAACGGUUUUUUCCAGUUAAUAGAUUUUCCAUCCCAGCAUUUUUACUCUUACUCAUGGUAUGUUGAUUGCUUUGUAUUACUUUGCUGGUAUCAUUUACGACAAUCAACUCUAUGAACACAGACUUUCGAUUAUUUAUAUAGGAAGUGCUAACCAUGACCAUUCAGUGUUCUCAUUACAUUGAUGAAAAGUUAUUGACUGCAGAGUAAUUGUUGAAAAAAUUUCUUUUUGGAACCGAAAUUUUUGCGUUUUCAGCCUGAUGACUGGUGCACCAAAGCUGUAAGACUUGUAAAAACACACUCCUAUAUCAAAAUAUCUCGAUAUACUAACAUAAAUGAUGAAUUUUCUCUUUUAUCUUGUUCUAUUUCCUCGUCACCUCUUUAUUUACCAAAUUCUGACCACUGGUAAUGAAUUAAAGUCGAAAAUAUUUACAGUUUGGUGAAUAAUAGCGUGAUUUGCGCAACUUUCUGAACAUUCAAUACGAAAUUAUGAUAACUUGUCUUUUUUCUGCAGUAUAUUUAAACAAAUUAGUAUUAUGACGUGUUUAUAUAGGUAGGUAGUGUGCUCACUCGCCAUUGUUGUCUCUAAUCUCUAUGUUCAAAUGUUUUUGUAUUCUUCAUAGUACAGCUGUGCCAUCAGCACGUAAAUGGCUUUCAAUGCUUGCAUGCAAUAAAUUUAUAUCUUUAUGCAUUAAUUUAGCCGAUUUUUGUCGCAAAGUCAAUAGAGGAUUAUUCUGUAAUGAGUCUACAUCCGGUGCAUCAACCUAGUCUUUAUUGAUUUUUUUUCUUCGUAUCGCAUCACCCUCUUCUAUCUACUUUCUCAAGAUAUUUGCCUUCAACAAUUUCUUGUUACAAGUUUCGCCGAACACAUGUUUUUUCAACAAACGUUGUAACGAUUUUAGUUUAUUCUACAAUCUACGCAAUAAAAUAAGAAAAAGACAUAAACACAUAAAAUCAGACACCAAGAGAAAUUGAGUCUUUUGUAUCAUUUUUGGAACUUCGAUUUUUUUCUUUUACUUCUCCACUUUUUCUUAAAUUCGUUAUUCUAUGGUUACAGUAUAAAAGGGACACUACUAGUCGCAGGUCUAACAAACUUAGCCUGAUAGUUUUAAAAAAAAAUACAUAAUAACAAAUAACACGCAGAUGUAUAACUAAAAAGAUAAAAUGAUGAGUAAGGAGAAAAUUUUCCGUAAAAUAAAAUUGAGACGAGAGAGGUUUUUAAGUCGGACAUAUAGAUAUGUACAGAAGUCGGUGGGGACGUUAAAAAUGAGUAAAAAAGUUUGUGAUUAAAGUCUUUGUAUUUUCAGUCCUAUAUUUUGUUAAAAUUUCUACCUGGCCAGGAUUUACGCUUCAACUUACUAUUGUCACACGUCUUAUAUUCUCGAGCUACGUAGAUCUACUAACUCUCUCGAUCCAAACUUGUCUUUCUCCCGUUCUGUCUCUUCUCCAAUUUCCACUACAAAUCGUCACAACGUACCAUCAUGUUAGGUGACCUAAUUAUAUUAAUUGAUUCCUGUACCAAAAAUCAACAAAAAAUGCGUUAUAAACAUAGUUGGUGGUCUAGAGUAAUUUUAACCACUAAAAGUGAUUAACCCUCAACUAUACAUUUCCAAUCGGGAUUCAGAAGCUGAACUCAGCUGCCUAUGAAUGUCUUUCCUUGUCUGAGAGUUAUAUGAGCUUUGAAUUAGUAUCCUUGUGAAUUCAAGAUUGAGACAUGUGGAAAUAUGAAUAAAUAAAUAAAUUUGUGUGAACGUGCGACGGAUCUUCGAGAGAUUAUUCUCAUUUACUGGGUGCAAAGAUAACUUAAUUUGAAAUCUGUAGCUCAAACCUGAAAGAAAACAAAAUAAAAUUAAGAGCCGACAUUUUGAAUGAUUCUUAUCUGAAAUUCUUGGCGGGGUUUGGUCGUGACUGGAGUGACUUCUCUUUGUCGUAAGCAUACCUGUUCUAUCAGAUAUUUUAUAUUUAAGAUGCAAGAAUCGCCAGUUAAUGUCAAAAAAAGAGGCAAAUUGAGUCAGUGGAUAGUGGAAUUAGUAGCUUAAACAGAUGAUUGAGAAGGCAUUGGUUAUUUGGAAGCCAUUUCAAUGAAUUGUAACUAGUAGAACAUGUUGACUGAAAAUUAUAUAUCUUGAGUCAACGUUGUUCGUAACUUAUUGAUAUGCGUAGGAUUGAAAUAGAUGCCUAUAAAGACCGGAAACAAAAAGUAUAGGGAUUUCUUUGCAUCUUAUGCGUAUGGAUAAAUUACGAAUAGGUACAGAUACAAACUAUAGCAAGACGAUAGGGUCCAAAUAAUUGGUCUCUAAAACGACCAGACCGCCUCGCCUAUCUAGCAUUUUUACCAGGGAGACCAUGUGAUGGUGAAGAGGAAAGAUCGAGGGGGAAGUAUCCCAACUACUCAAGAGAACGUUAUGCUGACACCAAAUCUUGUCCUUUAUUCAUGACUCACCGAAAACAAAAAGUGGAUAGAGCUUGUAAAUAUUUAGGAUGAUUUGGAACAAGUAAGCAAUAUGAUUUAAAUAGGAUUCAUGAACCAUUAACGUAGUAAUUUCGCUUAAUGAGUCAGGUCAUGAGAGGUGUUAAGAUGACGACAGGUGUAAACACGUAGGUUUAUGCUCUGAUUAUGAUUGGUUCUCCAAGAAGUUAAGUCUUAAAGGAAGUCAAUAAUGUAGAAGGUGUAGAAGAUAACAUUGAAAUGCAGACAGAUUAAGAUGUAUAAGAUACGGAAGCUCAUUAGCUCAUAGACGGCAAGAUUCAUUCGUGAAACAGAAUUGAACCAAUUUAAUUUGGAUGUGUCAGAACGCAAUAUAAAGAAUCAUUCUGAGGUACUUAUUCAGUGUGGUGCCGUUAUAAUCCAACAAUCCACGGUAUUUUUUAUUAAAGUGAACAUCUUCACUUCAUUUCCAGAGUUCAAGAGAAAACCUCUAGGACCUGCCCGAGGCUAGUGUCUUUGAACUUAUAUAGAAAGUUAUUUCUGCAAUUCUCAAUGAGUUCUGUUAUAGUUUUCCAUGGAUUGUCUAUCGGAACAAAUUCACCAUAUCCCAGUAACUCGCCAAAAUACUUGUCAGUCAGCAAAUACAUUCGGGCAACUUUCAAUGCUGUUUACGGUGUGAGGCGGUGUCACAUCUAACAGCUUCUUGCUGAUUUCCAAUGAUCGCCAAACAACUGUCAACGGGAUUCCUUAAGUUAUUCCUAAAGUGAAUAUAUCUAGUCGCAUGAGCAAUCCUCUUAGCAUAAUGAAUGUCACUUCUUUUGGUAGUGUAGGAAUAUUGUUGACAGUAGUAAAAAUCACAUACCUGGGAAUUCUAAAAACCGCGAAAAGUACACACGGAGAAACCGCGUAUGUAUUGUACAUAGAUUUGUUGAUAGUCAAUUGAAUUUAGAUAUCAGGAAAUAUACGGGAUAACGGAGGGAAGUGGUCAAAUUAUCUGAAAGGAUGAUCAGACACGUAGUACAAUAUUAAAUUGUCAUCAGUAUUCUGUUUUUUUAUUUACGGAGAGAAAGGGAGCAAUAAACCUUCAAUAUUUAUGAAAUAACUCAUAUCUUAGUUACUGUCGUAUUUUUAUAAUAUACCAUUUAGUAUCAUGUGCAUGUAUUAUUAAUUUAUUAAUUAACUUAUCACUCAUAAUACAUUUACACAUUUUCCACUCACUCAUUCAUUCGUUUGUUCAUUAAUUAUUAUUUAUUUUAAAUUUUCGACUCAUUAUAAUAAUAAACACGUGCUUUAUUGAGCAUGGUUUUCAUUUUUUUGUUUCUUAAUUUUAAAAUUGUUCUGUGAAUUGUUGGGCCUAUUGCAUUCAGACUCUCAAUUUCUAUCCUGGCGCAGUCAGAACAAUGGCUUUCUGGCCACUUGUUUAUUUGUUCUCGACACACGCGAGAAACACAAGAAACGGUUGCAAUAGUGAGAGUAAGUACGAGGUCAGCCUGCAAACCUUUUCCUUUAUUAUAGCAUUGAUGGUAUUUCGAAUACAAUGCUGUUUAAAGACUCCUCACCCUUCACUCAUUAACCAAAUUAACACUUCAUAUUCUAACAUUUACAAGAAGACACAGACAACAUCAAAGUUGAGAUUUUUUGUGUUCAUCUAAAGAAUAAAGCUGUGGUUUAAACAAUAUGCUGGCUUAAAAUAACAAGGUGACUGAGAUGGAGAAAAAUAAAAGUUAAAACAUUUCCCUGUACGGUAAUAAGGAACAAUCUUAAUAUAAUAAUGCUGUUCCUUCAUUUUACAUUUUAUACAUAUAUAUAUAUAUACUAAACUUUUUUGCACAGCCUUUGCAGCAAUGAAAGAUUUUGAACUUGCAAAAUCAACAGUGUGUAUUGAAUGAAAAUGCGUAAGGAAUCUUUUGAAUAUUUAAUUUUGUAAUUUACCACAAAAGUAUGAAUAAUGGAAAUCACUGCAAUGGUACGAAAACAAGCCAACCUCACGCCUAAUCUCUCAUCCGGGUAAUCAAUCGUCGAACUGAAUUAUGAGGAAAGCUUUAAAUACUAGAAAGAUAGGAAAUUGAGUUUGCUUCAGCUCUGAAUUUUCUGAUAAGCAUUCAUUGAAAAUGGUCCAAUGCUAAUUCACUUUUUUUUUUAAAUUUUUUCUAUAUUUUACUUAAAAAUUUUCCCUAAAUUUUUCACUUUAUGAACAACGUUGUUUUGUUCAUUCAAUAAAAUGUCGUCUUUUUAGUAUCCAAAUACUUUACAUGUAAUUCAGCUCAUUGUAUUCAAUGUCAGUUUUAUGUUAAGUCUCGCAUUCGGGGCACUUUUAGCAAUCGCAACUGAUUCAGGGCUAUCAGGGGGCAUUCGGAGCUUUAACGCGUUCCUGAAACAAACGAGAAAAAAAUUCUUGUUGAAAUGUUAGCAUCAGUUAGUCACAAGUAGAAGCGUGGUUUGGAGUGUUAGAUUACAGCGGAUCAACU